AUGCAGGAUCAAAAUCCUGCUGUCUGCACUGUCCCAGGGCUAAAAGACCUCACGGAAACCAUGCACACUGUUUUAAGUUACACUGCGGACUCUGAACUGCUGCAGAAUGCUUCUGCCUUCAGGCGCCACGAUGUAGAGCUCUUUCAAGCAGCUGUUUUUGUGGUGCGGCUGUGGAGGCACGCCGGAGCUUGGAGGGGCCGGGAAGGAGCACCUUACAGCACGCUGGUGCCAUCUGACGAAGUAACUAUUAAUUACAGACAUGGUCUGCCUGUGAUAACUCUUACGCUGCCCACAAGAAGUGAACGCUGUCGGUUCACUGUCAAGCCAAUGAGGGCGGAAGUCUUUGCAACAGAUGGUAGCAAGGUCUCUGAUGCAACCUUGAUGGAGGUCUUAUUGAUGAAUGACUUUAAACUUGUUGUCAACAACACAGCAUACAGUGUGUCACCUCCUGCAAAAGAGACGCUGAGUAGUGAGCAUGCUACUGAAAUGGAAGAUAUCAAAUCCUUGGUUCACAGACUGUUUGUGGCUCUACAUUUAGAAGAUCACCAGAUCAGGAAAGAGAGAGAAUUGCUACAGAAACUGGACCAUCUGAAAGAAGAGUUGCUGCCUCUUGAACAGAUGAAAGCCAGAAUCACGGACAGGGCAGAUGCAAAGACCUCCAGGCUCCUAUGGGUUGGCUUAGCGCUGAUGUCAACACAAGGGGGAGCACUGGCGUGGCUCACGUGGUGGGUCUAUUCGUGGGACAUCAUGGAGCCGGUCACAUACUUCAUCACUUAUGGGAGUGCCAUGGCUUUCUAUGCCUACUUCGUUCUUACUAAACAGGACUACAUUUACCCUGACGCUAAAGACAGGCAGUUCCUCCACUACUUCUAUCAGAAAUCCAAAAAACAGCAUUUUAAUGUGGAACGAUAUAACAAGCUCAAAGAAGACCUAGCAGAGGCAGAAGAAUCCCUGAGGCGUCUGCGCCAACCUCUGCACCUGAGGCUUCCAAUCCAGGAAAUCAAUGACAAGGACUGACUUUGGUUUUUCGUAUAUAUUAGAAUUGCCUUUUCAAAGGUGAUAUGAACAUUUAGUUACUUUAUAGAAACUGGGUAUUUUUGACCACUAUAGUUUUGAAAGUUGCAAUAAAUAACUAUAAAAAUGAUUUG